AUGACAGACUACAAAUUCGAGGGCUGGCAAGGCCAUGACGUCGCCUCUGCGGAAGGAAAGCUCGUCUGGGCCGAGUUUGAACCCAAAGCUUGGGAGGAAGACAACAUCGACAUUCGUAUUACACAUUGCGGUGUGUGUGCGUCUGAUUUAGCUACGCUUCGCUCUGGCUGGGUACCUGCCAACUACCCUUGUGUUGUCGGUCACGAAAUCGUCGGCGUCGCAGUCCGGGUUGGGUCUGCCGUAACAAACGGUAUCCAAGUGGGUGACCUUGUUGGUGUUGGCGCACAAGCCGACGCCUGUCUUGGAAGAGAUGGCCCUUGCAAGGCGUGCGCAUCAAACCACGAACCCUACUGCAGAAUCUCGAAUGUCAACACGUACGAUUCCAAACAUCGAAAUGGCGACAAAGCAUACGGCGGAUAUGCUACCUACCACCGUGCCGUCUCCCACUUCGUCAUGAAGGUGCCCGCAGGUCUAAAGCCAGAAUACGCAGCCCCUCUGCUUUGCGGAGGAGCGACGGUGUAUUCUCCCCUCAAGGCUUGGGGUUGUGGCCCUGGCAAGAAAGUCGGCAUUGUUGGUGUCGGCGGCCUUGGCCAUUUUGCUGUGCUAUUCGCCAAGGCUAUGGGUGCCGACCAAGUAGUGGGCAUUUCUAGACGGGAGGCUAAGCGCGACGAAGCUAUUUCAUUGGGCUGCGACGACUACAUUGCCACCGCUGAUGAUGAGAACUGGGUCAGUAAGAAUGUAGACCGGUUUGACAUCAUCAUCUCAACCAUUUCCUCCUCGGACCCCAAGUUUAACAACUACCUUCGAGCUCUAGCGUUUGAUGGAACCCUGAUCCAAGUGGGAGCACCCGAAACACCCAUUCCUCUUGCACCAUUCGCUCUUAUCCUCGGUCGGCGUCGUGUCGCUGGCUCUGCUCUUGCAAGUCCGAAGGAAAUUGCCGAAAUGAUGCAGUUUUGUGUGGAUAAGGAUAUCCGGCCUUGGGUUGAGACGCGUCCAAUGAGUGAUACAAACGCUGCUCUCCUAGAUCUUGCCGCCGGCAAACCUCGUUUCCGAUAUGUGCUGACAAACGAGUAA